AUGUUUUUCGGCCUCAGUUCUAAAAAAAUGCUUUCUUCUCUUUUCAGUCGACGUGUGAAGGGAUCACGGGGUAGGAGAGUGGAUCCAAAGGAGACUAUUAACCUUCUCGAGGUAACUGAUGACGUGGAUCAGGAGCUGUUCACCUGGAAGCUUCCUUAUCAGGACUGCCACUUGGUUAAUAAACCGCCCAACUCAGAACCUCCAGUUCUGGGCCAAGCAUCAGUUCCGUGCAAAUCUUCAGUUCCGUGUGAAGUUUCUGGUCCUUGGGAAGGUGCAGUUUCAUGCGAAUCUCCAGUUCCAUGCGAAUCUCCAGUUCCAUGCGAAUCUCCAGUUCCAUGGGAACCUCCAACUCCCUGCGAUCCUCCGCUUUCGUGUGAAUCACCAGUUCUGCGCGAACCUCCAGCUCUCUGUGAAGCUUCAGUUCUGGGCGAACCAACAGCUUUAUGCGAACCAUCAGUUUUGCGCAAUGCUGUGUUGCCGGUGAGCAAGGAAGUACAUUUGGAACGAGCUCUGCUGAUGGUCUGGAAAGAAGUCUUCCAUCAGCUUUACGAGCAUGAUCUGGAGAGAUCGCAGACCCACCCAAUGGACCACAAGUUGGUUCCUUUCACCAGGAAAGACAGGUUCAAUCCGACAGCUCCACCCCUUCGACGUCACUCCUUCGAGAACGUCAGGAAGGAUCAGAGUGCUCAUUUUAAACUGCUGACUUUGCUGUUGAGGAUUGUGAAGAAUAUCAAACUUCAGAUGUGUUGUGUUAGAUAGGAACCCUCAAAACUGCGUGUCUGUUUCCUGAGAAUGGUCAAUAUCCUUUAAUCAACCAUCCACUGGUUUGCAUUGACGAAAGUGAUCUCACUCGUAAUUUUCUCUUUUUAAAAUCAAUCAAAUUAAGCCUUUACUGGCAAAAAACUGCAUAAAAGUAUGUCCUAAUCAACACAUAUCUUAUGAUAAUCCUUUUAAAAAUACUUAUAGCAAUCACUCCGUGGUGUUUGCUUGAAAUAUUUUUUAAUCAAAAACUUUAUUGCAUGCGGCAUCUUUAAUCCGCGUACUAUAAGUUAAUUCGUACUACAGCGCACCAUUAAACAAAUCAUCUUCACACUCAUAGUUGUAUUUAUAUAUUUUAUUUCCAUCUCCUGAAUAAGUGUCAGGAGAAUCACUGCGUUGCCACAAAACUAUCCAUUUAAUCAAAGGGGUGAAAAUAAAGUAAAAUUGAAAGACUGAGUAUAGGAUGCGGCAUUUCACUAGAAUGGGCAUUUAUAAUACAUAAAAGAUAUGAAUA